UUGUCAAACGACCUCCUACUACCGCAGAUUGUACUGAUAUAAAUUUCCAAAGUAGUGUGUGUGACUCAAGUUGCUCCAUAAGUUAGGAGUUGACGAUUUUAAUGAUAACUACAGAGUGUUGUUUAACAAGUGACUGUCUUUCAGGGUCACGUGAUUGCUAUUUUAGAAUUUGGACUUAAUACUGUUAAUAUGUUGCUGCGGCUGACGAUUUUCAUUAUUUCGAUCGUUGCCUUAAGCCGUUUGGUAGAAGGAGUUUAUCUAGAGCCAGACCAGAAUGUCAGGAUACCAACAGGAUGGACGCAUCUUGGCCGUGUUGACGCAACUGAUGAAAUUUUGCUAACAUUUGCACUAAAACAACAGAAUGUAGACAAACUGAAGACUAUUGUGGAUCAAGUUUCAGACCCAGAUUCAUCUCGCUAUGGUAAAUAUCUUUCUCUCAGUGAACUUGCUUCAUUGGUGCAGCCUUCAAAACAGACCAUCCAGACUGUACAGACAUGGCUGUCAAACCAUGGUGUCAAGACAUGUUGGACUGUUCAUACCAAGGAUUUUCUUCAGUGUUCUCUGCAAGCUCGUGUUGCUGAGAAGUUGCUGCCUGGGUCUGAAUUUAAUAGGUACAUAAAAGGGACACAGACUCUCGUACGAUCACCAGUACCAUAUGGAAUAUAUGAAGAACUAGCAGAACACAUAGAUUUUGUUGGAGGUGUGCAUAGGUUCCCUGCUUACCAGAAGGUUGUAAGCAAGACAUGGGCAAACCAUGACCAGAGGCCUGUGGGAUUUCAUCUUGGCGUUACUCCUAGUGUUAUCAGAGAGAGAUACAAUCUAACAGCCCAUGAUAUUGGGACUUUUCCAAACAAUACUCAAGCUUGUGCACAGUUCCUGGAGCAAUAUUUCCACCAAGCAGACCUGGCAGAAUUCAUGGUAUUGUUUGGGAGGAGUUUUGAACACCGAACUCAAAUAGAAAAAGUGGUUGGCCAUCAAGAAGUUGGUAAAGCAGGUCUGGAAGCUAGCUUAGAUGUAGAGUAUCUCAUGAGCACCGGUGCUAAUAUAUCUACCUGGGUCUUCAGUAAUGCAGGGAGACAUGAAUCCCAAGAGCCCUUCCUGGAAUGGCUGCUACUAUUGAGUAACAUGUCAGCUAUCCCCUGGGUGCACAGCGUUAGCUAUGGAGAUGAUGAAGACAGCCUUUCUGUAGCAUACAUGGAAAGAAUUAAUGUGGAGUUCAUGAAGGCGGGUGCAAGAGGACUUACCAUUCUAUUUGCUUCAGGUGAUGAUGGAGCAGGUUGCAGGGAGGUCAGCAAGGAGAAGAAUGUUUUUCGGCCCAGCUUUCCUGCAUCUAGCCCUUACGUAACAACCGUGGGAGGAACAUCCUUUAAGAAUCCAUUCACAAUUUCUUAUGAGGUUGUAGACUUUAUUAGUGGAGGUGGAUUCAGCAAUGUGUUUCCUAGUCCAGAUUAUCAAACUGCUGCUGUAAAGAAUUACCUGCAAAGUAUGAAAACUCUCCCUCCUCAAUCAUAUUACAAUGCCACUGGACGUGGCUAUCCUGAUGUUGCUGCUCUUUCUGAUAACUACUGGGUUGUGACAAACAUGAUUCCAAUUCCAUGGGUGUCUGGCACAUCGGCCUCAACUCCAGUCUUUGGUGGCAUCUUGUCUCUUAUUAAUGAUCAGAGGUUUCAGAAAGGCCUUCCUUCUCUAGGAUUUAUAAAUCCACGCCUUUACAAACUCCAGGAAAACUUGACUUCUGCUUUUUUUGAUGUAACUGUUGGAUGCCACGUAAGCUGCAUUGAUGAUAAAGUAGAAGGGCAAGGCUUCUGUGCUUCAACGGCAUGGGAUCCAGUGACUGGAUGGGGUACACCAAACUACCCAGAACUACAAAAAGCGCUAAUGAACAAAUAGUUAUAACAUUCUGCAGAGGCUAAUUACAUCAUGGGCCUUGCGUCAUUAUUUGCAUUUUAUUUUCUGAAUACAUAGAUAAUUUCUUGAUGAGAAGUAUGUUCUAUUUUGGCUGUUGUGGGAUUUAUACUAACAAAAUACACUUUUAUGAAUUAAUCGCUAACAACAGUGUGAUAAAAAUAUUUAAUUGAAUUUUUAAUGAGAAUACUUGAUCAUUCAUGUUGUAGUCAUUAAAACAAAGUAUGCUGCAUUCCGAGUUUUCUCUGGAAAUGUUUAUUUACAUAUAUUUACAAUGUACAAAUAACAGAAAAUAAAGUGCACUGUUGCAGGCUG